GACCGUUGCCGGGUGUGCGACAUUGGCGCGUCAGUGCAGAAAUUCAAGUCUGUUAAAUUGAAUCUGGUUUGAUUGCUUGGUUUGUUGCGUUUUCGUUUUGGUUCGGUUUGGAAGUGUCGAAAAGCCGCCGUUUCACGGGUAGUUGGACCAAACUGGUCGGGAUUAUUAAUUGCGAUUCAUCAGCUUAGUCCCGCAUUUUCCAACACCUCGUCAGUUUCAUUAAAGUCGUCACCAUUGCUCCUCAACCAGUAAGCAGUACAAUGAAUGGUCAAAGCUAUGAGCUGAACCAUACGAACGGUGAUAUUAUAUCACAGAAUCAGCAGAAGGGCUGGUGGACCAUUGGCCUGAUUAAUGGCGCACACAGGUAUAUGACGGCUGAAACUUUCGGCUUCAAGUUGAAUGCGAAUGGCGCCAGCCUCAAGAAGAAACAACUAUGGACAUUGGAGCCAUCAAAUACCGGCGAAAGUAUUAUAUAUUUACGAUCUCAUCUAAACAAAUAUCUAUCGGUCGACACGUUCGGCAAUGUGCUCUGCGAGAGCGAUGAACGCGAUGCUGGCAGCCGCUUCCAGAUAAGCAUCAGCGAGGAUGGCACCGGACGUUGGGCGUUGAAGAAUGAAUCGCGCGGUUACUUCCUUGGCGGCACACCCGACAAACUCGUCUGCACCGCAAAAACGCCCAGCUCCAGCGAGUUCUGGACCGUGCACCUGGCCGCCAGGCCACAAGUGAAUUUGCGCUCAAUCGGCCGCAAACGUUUCGCGCAUCUGUCCGAAUCACAAGACGAGAUACACGUCGAUGCGAAUAUACCAUGGGGCGAGGACACGCUCUUCACAUUGGAGUUCCGCGCCGAGGAGGGCGGACGUUAUGCUUUGCAUACAUGCAACAACAAGUAUUUGAAUGCUAACGGCAAACUGCAGACUGUUUGCAAUGAGGAUUGUCUCUUCAGCGCUGAAUAUCAUGGCGGCCACUUGGCGUUGCGUGACAAGCAAAGCCAGUAUCUAUCGCCAAUUGGCUCGAAAGCCGUGCUGAAAUCACGUUCCUCCACGGUGACACGUGAUGAGCUCUUCUCAUUAGAGGACUCCUUGCCGCAAGCCUCAUUCAUAGCCGAGUUGAAUUCGCGUUAUGUGUCGGUGAAGCAGGGCGUCGAUGUGACCGCCAAUCAGGAUGAGGUGGGUGAAAACGAGACAUUCCAGCUGGAGUUUGACUGGUCCGCCCAUCGCUGGGCGUUGCGCACCACACAGGAUCGCUACUGGUGUCUGUCCGCUGGCGGCGGCAUACAAGCCACCGGCAAUCGUCGUUGUGCCGAUGCGCUCUUCGAGCUUGUCUGGCAUGGUGAUGGCUCGCUGUCCUUCCGCGCAAAUAAUGGCAAGUUUUUGGCCACCAAACGUUCAGGACACUUAUUCGCCACAUCCGAGAGCAUUGAGGAGAUCACGAAAUUCUACUUCUAUUUGAUAAAUAGACCCAUACUUGUACUUAAAUGUGAGCAGGGCUUUGUCGGCUACCGCACGCCCGGCAAUCUCAAGUUGGAAUGCAACAAGGCCACCUACGAGACGAUUUUGGUGGAGCGCGCCCAGAAAGGUCUGGUGCACUUGAAGGCACACAGCGGCAAAUACUGGCGCAUCGACGGCGAAGGCAUUUCCGUAGAUGCGGAUGCGCCCGCCGAUGGCUUCUACUUGGAGCUACGCGAGCCGACCAGAAUCUGCAUAAGAUCACAAACUGGCAAAUAUUUGGGCGCUACGAAAAAUGGCGCGUUCAAGCUGCUCGACGAUGGCACCGACUCGGCCACACAGUGGGAAUUCUAAGCGACUUCAAGGCGCUUCAAUGGGCUGGGCGAUUGCUUAAUUGAUAACACACUUUGUAUGCAAUUCAGUAGCAGACAUGCAUGCAAAAGCGGGAGCAAGUAAAUUGAAGUAAACAAAGAAAAAUUGUUUGCCAAUAAGGAUCGUGAAAAAAAACCUAGCGUUCACACACACAAAAACAUACAUAUGCAUACAUUUAAGUAAAAGUGAGUCAAAAAAUUAAAAAAAAUUAAUAAUAAUCAAAUAAAAAAGCAACAUGAAAGCAAACGCAAAUAAGUUAAAUGAUAAUGAAUUGAAAUAUUAAAUUAAAUCGCAUGCAAUUUUUACUGAAAUAUCAUGCGAUUGUGGCGAAACAUUUGUAGCAAACCGCAAUACAAUCCAAUUGGAGAUUUUAUAAGGCAAAUAAAUACAUCAAUAAUUAAUGUAGUAAUUAAAGUAAUUUGUAUGAAAACAAAAUGGUAAUUAUGCCCUUUUAAAGAAACGCUUUUACAUACAUACUUACAUGCAUACAUGCAUACAUACAUAUAUAAAUAGAGCAUGCAUACAUAUUCACAGCAUAAUAUUUUUAUACCAUUAAACAAAGGUGGCAAAUAUUGCAAAUAAAACUGAAAUUUAUAAAAGUUAAUAUGAAAAUAAAACAAAAACAAAUAUAAAAACAACAAAACAAAUUGUCAACAAAAACAGGAAACGCACAAUUUUUUACAUACUUUUAUACAGCAACAAAAAGUCUAGCUUUUAUACGGUGUAAACAAAAAAAAAACAACAACAACAAAAAGUUUAGCUUUUAUACCGUGCAAACAAAAAAACAACAACAAAAUAAUUAUAUAUAAAAUUUACACUGUCAUGUGUGGGCAAGUAGGCAGCGAAGUGACGACAAGUAUUGUGGAAAAUUGCAAAAAUUGCAAAUUUCGUAAAGGAUUUUGAUUAAAAGGCAUGGAUUCGUUGGUUAUAAACAAAAAAUUAAAUUCGCUUUCAUACAAGUAUAGGCAAGUCCAAUAUUUCGCUUCGUUAAAAUUUUUUCGAAAUCGAAGUGACUUCGAAAUCUACUGAUUUUGUUUCCUUUUUACUUUUUUUUGAAAUUUUUCGUAUCUAAAAAAGCCAAAAAAAAUGCGCAUUUUUACUACUCAAAUCAAAUUCUAGUGUAUAAUUUUUCCAAAAUGGUGAAAAUUAACUAAUUCUUUGCGAAAAAAUUUUCAAUUUUCAAAAAAAAAUUAUUAUUUUUAUAUUAAAAUGUAUAACAAACGAUAUAACCGUGGAAUCCACUGAAAUUGGCUUAAGGAGACUCAAAAUAUCUGUGGCAUACAGUAACAGUAGCUUAAGGCGACUUAAAGCAUUCGCCGCUAACAGUAAAAGUAGCUUAAAGCGACUUCAAAUUUCAGCAUUAAUUAUUUUCGAAUAUGUGAGAUAUGAGCUAGAUUGAAAACUUCUUAUUAUGAUAAACCAGUGAUGAAGAAAAUGCAUAAUGGCUCAUUGGAAAUCAAAAUGUCUCUAAUAGCUGAAGUCGACCUAACCUCACUUAACAUAUGUGUAGCCACAAAUACAUUUAUAUUUACAUAUUUUAAUAUUCCACUAUUUAUCAUUUUUAUUAAUUUUUUUAUUGAAAUAAUUUUAUUUUUAUUAUUUUUUUUAUUUAAAUCACUUGUCGAAAACUUUGCGCUGCACUUGUCUUGCACUGAAGUGUGUCGCGUAAUAAAAAUGCCAAUUUUGUGAGUCCUUCCGUUGCAAGUCCUUUUUAUAAAGUGUGAAAAAUUAAAAAAAAAAACACAAAA